UCCGAUCACCGUCGCCGUGUCGCAAACACGAACGUUUCAGUGUUUCACCUACGGGAGCAUCGGUGUAAAAUAAAGUAUCGAGUGAACCGUCUCCCGCGUAGUGUACAAACCGACCGUAAGGCUAAGGCAUAGGAUACAGCAACACUGCUGUCGUUGCCGACUUGCGCCGCCCGUGUUGAAUAACAUAUUUUUUAUUUUAUUUUCCGGUUUCGAAACGUGGUGGUCGCGGCGCACACCGGAUACGGUUGGUCACACCGCAUUUUACGUUGUGAUUCGCGUGCGUGUGCGUGCGACGUAAAUAUUUGUUGUGUUUACAUGUUACUGCUUAAUAUUAUUUUUCGUGUCGAAACAGAAUAAUUGCUAUGAACCGUCCGCCGUGUACGGUAUUUUGACGUCCGUGAACAGCGUUUAAUUGUUAUUUAUUUAAUCUUUUAAGUGUACACAUGUAGAGUUUUUUUAAUUUUAAAAUUUCGUUUUUAUUUUUAUUUUUAUUUUUUAUGAUUAUUAUUGAACUUAUCUUUGCCGCCGUUGUUGACCGUUGCCUAUCGUCGUCAGGAGGAGGACGUCCGUCAACUUCGCCGUCACUGCUGCCGCCGUCAACGUUUACCGUUUGUUGCGUCCGUCAUCGUCGUUGUCGCGUGUGUCCGUCGCCCUACGUAAUUUUUGCUGUUUCUCGAUUACGUCGUGUGCAGUCUAAUCUUCACCAAUGGGCGACCGAGUGUAUGCGGCUGAAAAGCUUAUGAAAAAGCGUGUCAGGAAGGGCAGAGUUGAAUAUCAUGUAAAAUGGAAAGGAUGGGGACCUAAGCAUAAUACUUGGGAACCUGAAGAAAACAUUAUUGACACCAGACUUAUUGAUAUUUUUGAGCAAAGUCAAACACGCACAGAUAAUAAUUCUCAUAAACGAGGUCCUAAAAGAAAAACACAAAAUGCACAUAUUGAAACACCAACUACAGAACCUACCCGAAGUGACUAUGAAGAUGAAACUGCCGAUGGUGAUGUACCUGAUUAUAACAGCCAAGAUGAAGUCGAAGUGUGUCCAGAGUCUACUAAUGGUGCACCUUUAUUGCCCAGACAUGAUGAUGACACCGAAGAAGAUAAAACAAUUGAUGAUGAUUCAUUGGCAGAAAUGCCAAAGUUAAAUGCAGCUGUAAAAGUUGAAGUGAAAGAAGAAAAGAUAAGUGAGGAAAACAAGACACCAGUCAUAGAAGUAAAUGAUACACGAGAAGAAGAAAAAUUAUCUCCAAUAGUGAAACCCACACCUUCACUUCUAGUACCAUCUACACAGAAGCAGUCUUCCAAAUCACCUCCACCUUUACCCAAACCCCAUAAAGUCAAACGCAAAGCAGAGGUUUUGUCUAAAGAAUCUGGUAAAGUUGGUGUAACUAUAACUACCAGUCCUCCUAUGACAGAUUCUAAAGUGCCCAAAUUACAAUCUCCCACCAAUAUUCAAAACAUCAAUAAUUUGCCUUCAGUAGCACCUACUCAAGAUGGCGGAAGAACUCCUAAACGAAAAACAUCAGAACAUGCAGUUCCUGCAGUUUUGACAAAUCAAAUUUCCCCAGCACCUGAAAAUCAACAUUUAACCCUGACAGCUAUUCUUCAAAGUACUCCUACAAGUGUAAAGUCAAGAGAUACUUUAGCUGCAGCAGCGCCCAUCAGUUCCCGGACAUCUGGUGAACCAGCUAGGCCACAAGAAGAUGCUGCAACUGCUGUAACUCAAGGUGCUGGAGGUCAGCAUCAGGUACUUGACACAGCAUCUGUUGCUGAAACUCCUACUCAGCGCUUACAGUACAAAACGAUACUGGCAAAUCCUGGUCCUGAGUAUUGGCUUGCACGUAAUCCGGUUGUAGAUAAUGUUUUUAUUACUGAUGUUACAGUUAAUUUGAACACUGUGACAAUAAGAGAAUGUAAAACAGAAAAAGGAUUUUUUAAGUCUAGUGUUGAAACUAGAAUUUAAAAAAACUUAUGUUGAGAUUUUAUUUAAAUAAUAAUCCUAUGGUGUUAGAUAUAAUAUGGUA